GGUGGUACCAGCUGUGGACGAGGUUUAUACUGGUAUGGGCAUUGUACUCGUCCUUCUUCACGCCGAUAGAGUUCGGCUUCUUCAGGGGGCUCCCGAACAACCUCUUCUGGCUCGAUUUCGCCGGCCAGGUGGCCUUCCUCGUCGACAUCUUCGUCCAGUUCCUCGUCGCCUACCGUGACUCUCACACCUACCGCAUGAUCUACGAGCCCACCUCCAUUGCUGUCCGGUACGCGAAGUCGAGCUUCGUCUUCGACUUACUUGGCUGCUUUCCUUGGGAUGCUAUCUAUAGGGCAUGCGGACGUAAAGAGGAAGUGAGGUACCUUUUAUGGAUUCGAUUAACUCGGGUGCGCAAAGUCACAGAUUUUUUUCAGAAGAUGGAGAAAGAUAUCCGCAUCAACUACUUGUUUACAAGAAUUGUUAAACUCAUAGUUGUGGAGCUCUACUGCACGCAUACAGCUGCCUGUAUAUUUUACUAUCUUGCAACAACUUUGCCAGCAUCCAUGGAAGGCUAUACAUGGAUAGGGAGCUUAAAGUUGGGUGAUUAUAGCUAUUCGCACUUCAGGGAUAUGGAUAUCGCAAAGCGUUACAUAACAUCGUUAUAUUUUGCCAUUGUCACAAUGGCAACUGUUGGUUAUGGAGACAUACAUGCAGUUAAUCCCAGGGAGAUGGUAUUCAUCAUGAUUUAUGUUUCUUUUGAUAUGAUUCUGGGAGCUUACCUUAUUGGCAACAUGACUGCAUUGAUUGUGAAAGGAUCAAAGACAGAAAGGUUUAGGGACAGAAUGAAAGAAUUAAUUAAAUACAUGAACAGAAACAAACUUGGAAAGGAUAUUCGUGACCAGAUCAAAGGACAUGUACGCUUACAAUAUGAAAGCAGCUACACAGAGGCUUCAGUUCUUCAGGAUAUCCCAGUUUCAAUUCGUGCUAAGAUAUCACAGACACUAUACAAACCGUAUAUCGAAAAUGUUCCCCUGUUUAAGGGAUGCUCAGCCGAAUUCAUUCACCAGAUUAUUAUCAAGCUGCAGGAAGAGUUUUUCCUUCCAGGGGAGGUGAUAUUGGAACAGGGAAAUGCAGUAGAUCAGCUAUAUUUUGUCUGCCAUGGUAAGCUGGAAGGAGUAGGAAUUGGUGAAGAUGGACCUUUGGAACUGGAGCCCAACAGUUCCUUUGGAGAAAUUGCGAUUCUGUGCAACAUUCCUCAGCCUUACACUGUUCGUGUUUGUGAAUUGUGUAGACUUUUGCGAAUUGAUAAACAAAUCUUCACAAAUAUUCUACAAAUUUACUUUGUUGAUGGUCGGAAAAUUUUGAGCAACCUUCUAGAGGGUAAUGAUUCCAUUCAAAUUAAGCAACUAGAAGGUGAUAUUAUAUUCCAUAUCGGUAAGCAAGAAGCCGAGCUUGCUUUAAGAGUAAACAAUGCUGCUUUCUAUGGAGAUCUCCAUUACCUUAAAGGUUUGAUCCAAGCAGGAGCAGAUCCUAAUAAGACUGAUUAUGAUGGACGCUCACCUUUGCAUCUCGCAGCAGCAAAAGGGCAUGAAGAUAUCACUCUAUUUCUCAUUCAAGAAGGCGUGAACAUUAACCUUUCUGACAACUUUGGAAAUACACCCUUGUUUGAGGCAGUCAAGGUUGGACAUGAUCGAGUGGCUUCUUUACUCUUUAGUAGAGGUGCACAAUUAAAUCUUAAAGAUGCUGGUAGCCACCUUUGUACAGCUGCUGCAAAGGGGGAUUCAGAUUUUAUUAGAAGAGCUUUAUCUUACGGUGUUGAUCCAAACUCAAAGGACUACGAUCACCGCACAGCGCUGCAUAUAGCUGCUUCUGAGGGAUUAUAUUUUAUAGCAAAGUUACUUUUAGAGGCUGGGGCAAGUGUUUUUGCUAUGGACAGAUGGGGAGCUACACCAUUGGAUGAAGGACGAAAGAGUGGAAACCAAUCCUUGAUGCUGCUGUUAGAAGGUGCAAAGUCUGACGAGCUGUCCAAGUUUCCUGAACAUGCUCGGGAAGUUCAAGAUAAAAUGCAUCCAAGGAGGUGCACAGUGUUUCCUUUUCACCCGUGGGAUCCGAAAGAAGCAAGAAGAGAGGGAGUCGUGCUAUGGAUCCCAUGCACCAUAGAGGAGCUCAUUAGAUCCUCUAGAGAGCAGCUAAAGUCUUCAGGUUCAUGCAUACUAUCAGAAGAUGGGGGCAGGAUUCUUGAUGUAGAUAUGAUAUCUGAUGGCCAGAAAUUAUAUCUAGUUGCAGAUCAAGAAACAACUGCACAUAAUAACCAGCAUACUUGAACUGCAUGUAAACACAUUAUUUUGUAACUAGUAGUUACCAUUUGUUCGCAUCUUUCCCCCUUCUUUUAAAUGUUGCAUGACAAUAGUAGACUUGACAUAGUGAGGACAUAUAACCAAAGUGUUCGACAUCCGAUACAUUCCCACAAUACUAGGAGGCCUCUGUAAAUUGUAAUCAAAACUGCGGCCUGUCAAGGCAAGUGGUUGUAGGUCAGGAGACAGUCAUGUUGAUGUAGUUCUAUAAAUUGGUCUUUGAAGGAGUCUUCUUUGA